UAUUUGUCAGCUUCAGCAGCAAUUAACGGACAAUUAAAUGGUCUAAUUAAAAUGUGUGACAGGAAAGAUGUGACAACUUGAAGGAACAGUAGUUACCAUGAGAACAACUUCUUAUAAACUCUUCCAUUACAACCACAGAUUGUAACAGUCUCAUUUCAAGAUGAAGUAGGGACAUAAAGCACUGCUAUUGUUGGCUUUAAAAUUUUUGCUGGAAAAGAAAGUUGUCAGCAUGCAGUAAAUUUAUUUCAAUUCUUGGUCAGCUUAGUUACUGUAAGUGUUGUUGCCAAUUUUAAACUUGUUAUUAGCAUCAUUGGAGGAUAUCAAAACAGCUCUGACAGUGCUGAAAAAUCUUAUCCAUUGCCAUAGCACAAAAUUUUCAAUAUAAAAAAACAACCUUUUUUGUUGGUGUUACAUUUACCUCUCAGAUAUUUUUAAUAGUCAGUUUAGAGCAAAGAUAAAAUAUGAUCGAGUUCAGCCUAGAAGCGGAUAAAAUAUUUCUGUUACUGUUGGUCCUAGCUUUGAGCAUUGUGUACCUGUUGAAGAACAAAGUAAGAGACUUUCCUGCCGGGCCUUUAGACUACCCUCUCAUUGGGACCAAUAAAUUUCUGCAGACAAAUCCUCAUAUUCGUUUGACAAGACUGAAGGAAAAAUAUGGUGAUGUUUACAGUAUAAAACUUGGCAAGGAAAGAGCUGUAGUCGUGUGUUCAUUGGAAGGAAUUGAAGAAGGACUGGUCAAAAAGUCACCAGUGUUUGGAGGAAGACCAAAAGAAUUUUUACCACAUUCUUUCUUCAAUGGCUGCACGGAUGGUGGCCUGAGUUUCUCUGAGUUGAGUAUGAAGUACAAGAUCAAGAAAGACUUCGUGCUGCACAGUCUCGACAAACUGUGUUGCUCUGAUAUCCUAGAGGAAGCUGUUAGCAGAGAAGCAGAAAAACUUGUUGUGCAGUUAUUAGCCGAAGAGGGAUCAUGUGAUUUAUCCCCAUUGCUAGAGUCGACAAUGCUGCGGAUCAUGUUGUUUGUAGUUAAUGGGAAAAUGUACCCAGCAAAUGAUGAAAACUUUCAAGAAAUAUGGAGAACAUUUAGCAUGAGAGCUGAGGAAAUGUUUAAGAAGUGGCCAAGUCCGAGUGUACCCAUGUUUGGUAGUCUCCGACAAGGCAACACGCUAGAAUUUUUAGAAAGGACAAGACUUCACUUUGAUUAUCAGAGAGAUAUUGUGAACAGGCAUAAAGAUUGUUUCAACCCAGAGAUUGUCAGUGAUGUUAUUGAUCAUGGAUUGGUGAUGUUAGAGAGAUAUGAUGAUAUGGGUCAGUUGGACCAAGAUGAGCUGGAUUCAUUAUUUGUGGAACUUUGUGGUUCAGGUUACAGGCAGGUGGCUGCUACUUUGCUUUGGUUGGUGCUAUACAUCUCUGAAAUCCCAGAAGUUCAAAACAAGGUAUAUGAGGAACUUGUAUCAGUGGUUGGUAAAGAUAGACUGCCAUGCCUGUCAGACCAGCCUUACCUUCCCUAUACAUGUGCUGUGAUAAUGGAAACUCAAAGACUUGCCACUGUGAUGCCCUUUAUGUAUCCACAUUCUACCACUGAAAAUACUCCCUUCAUGGGAUACCAGAUUCCUAAGGACACUGUUGUAUUGUUCAAUUUGUGGAGUCUACAUCAUGAUCCUAAACACUGGAAACAUCCAAUGAAAUUUGAUCCAGAAAGGUUUUUGAAAGAUGAUUCUCUACAUAUUCCGGACCACUACUUGCCAUUUGGUGAUGGACUGCGCUCGUGUCCUGGGGAGAGCCUGGUUGAUAUAGAAUUAUUCAUCUUCACCACUCAUUUACUACACCAACUAAGUUUCAGACUGCCAGUAAAGGCUGACCUAGAUGGAGAAUGCAAAGAUUUUGUGCUGAAACCAAAGUCUUUCAAGGUUUUGAUGUAUCCAAGAGAUACUGUUGCCACAGACCCUUACGAAACUGAAGCUCAAACUGAUACUGUGGUUUGUUUUAUAGAUGGACAGGAAAUAUAGAAUUCCUGAAAUCCUCUGUAAUGUUGAUGUGAAGUUUACUUCAACAUCUAUAGAUGUGAUGUGUGGAUGCUCUCAGAUUUUAAAGGGACCAUAAUUCUUGAACAACUACAUUUUGGAUUGAGUGUUAUCUUGUUGGGUUGUGUUGAGGGUGAGGACCUAGGUUAGGUGAACACAUUGCAAGUUUUCUACUGCAUCAGCAUAUCAAAUGUUUGUAAGUUACAGAGGCUGAAACAUUUGUUGAGUUAGAUAUUUGAAUGUUUGCAAGUGAAGUUGAAUUAAUUUGUAUUCACUUGCAAAUAGUCACAAUGAUGUGUUAAAGAACAUUGCUUAAAUUAGUGUUUAACCUUUACUGUUAGAAGAACAGGUAAAGCUGCUACUUUCACCCUUUCAUCAGCGUCUGUGUCUGCAUCAGGGCCCAUUUUAGUGUACUGAUUUGGUUAAGUUUUUGUAUGUAAGCUUGUUUUUAGCUCACCUGUCACAUAGUGACAAGGUGAGCUUUUGUGAUCACGCAGCGUCCAUCGUCUGUGCGUGCGUGCGUGCGUCCGUAAAUUUUUGCUUGUGACCACUCUAGAGGUCACAUUUUUUGUGGGAUCUUUAUGAAAGUUGGUCAGAAUGUUCAUCUUGAUGAUAUCUAGGUCAAGUACGAAACUGGGUCACGUGCCAUCAAAAACUAGGUCAGUAGGUCUAAAAAUAGAAAAACCUUGUGACCUCUCUAGAGGCCAUAUAUUUCACAAGAUCUUCAUGAAAAUUGGUCAGAAUGUUCACCUUGAUGAUAUCUAGGUCAAGUUUGAAACUGGGUCACGUGCCAUCAAAAACUAGGUCAGUAGAUCUUCAAAUAGAAAAACCUUGUGACCUCUCUAGAGGCCAUGUAUUUCACAAGAUCUUCAUGAAAAUUGGUCAGAACGUUCACCUUGAUGAUAUCUAGGUAAAUUUCGAAACUGGGUCACGUACCUUCAAAAACGAGGUCAGUAGGUCAAAUAAUAGAAAAACCUAGUGACCACUCUUAAGGCCAUUUUUUUCAUGGGAUCUGUAUGAAAGUUGGUCUGAGUGUUCAUCUUGAUGAUAUCUAGGUCAAGUUCGAAACUGGGUCACGUGCGGUCAAAAACUAGGUCAGUAGGUCUAAAAAUAGAAAAACCUUGUGACCUCUCUAGAGGCCAUAUAUUUCAUGAGAUCUUCAUGAAAAUUGGUCAGAAUGUUCACCUUGAUAUCUAGGUCAGAUUCGAAAGUGGGUCACGUGCCAUCAAAAACUAGGUCAGUAGGUCAAAUAAUAGAAAAACCUUGUGACCUCUCUAGAGGCCAUAUUUUUCAUGAGAUCUGUAUGAAGGUUGGUCUGAAUGUUCAUCUUGAUGAUAUCUAGGUCAAGUUCGAAAGUGGGUCACGUGCCUUCAAAAAACUAGGUCAGUAGGUCUAAAAAUAGAAAAACCUUGUGACCUCUCUAGAGGCCAUACUUAUGAAUGGAUCUCCAUAAAAAUUGGUCAGAAUGUUCAUCUUGAUGAUAUCUACGUCAAGUUCGAAAGUGGGUCACGUGCCUUUAAAAAGUAGGUCAGUAGGUCAAAUAAUGAAAAAACGUUGUGACCUCUCUAGAGGCCAUAUUUUUCAUGGGAUCUGUAUGAAAGUUAGUCUGAAUGUUUAUCUUGAUGACAUAUAGGUCAGGUUUGAAACUGGGUCAACUGCAAUCAAAAACUAGGUCAGUAGGUCUUGAAAUAGAAAAACCUUGUGACCUCUCUAGAGGCCAUACCCUUGAAUGGAUCUUCAUGAAAAUUGGUCAGAAUGUUCACCUUGAUGAUAUCUAGAUCAAGUUUGAAACUUGGUCACGUGCCAUAAAAAACUAGGUCAGUAGAUCAAAUAAUAAAAAAACCUUGUGACCUCUCUAAAGGCCAUACUUUUCAUGGGAUCUGUAUGAAAGUUUGUCUGUUUGUUCAUCUUGAUGAUAUCUAGGUCAAGUUCGAAACUGGGUCAACUGCGGUCAAAAACUAGGUCAGUAGGUCUAAAAUUAUUAAAAUCUUUUGACCUCUCUAGAGGCCAUAUUUUUCAAUGGAUCUUCAUGAAAAUUGAUCUGAAUGUUUACCUUGAUGAUAUCUAGGUCAGUUUCGAAACUGGGUCACGUGCGGUCAAAAACUAGGCCAGUAGGUAUAAAAAUAGAAAAACUUUGUGACCUCUCUAGAGGCCAUAUUUUUCAUGAGAUCUUCAUGAAAAUUAGUGAGAAUGUUCACCUUGAUGAUAUCUAGGUAAAGUUCAAAACAGGGUCACGUACCUUCGAAAACUAGGUCAAUAGGUCAAAUAAUAGAAAAACCUUGUGACCUCUCUAGAGACCAUAUUUUUCAAUGGAUCUUCAUGAAAAUUGGUCAGAAUUUUUAUCUUGAUAAUAUCUAGGUCAAGUUCAAAACUGGGUCACAUGAGCUCAAAAACUAGGUCACUAUGUCAAAUAAUAGAAAAAACGACGUCAUACUCAAAACUGGGUCAUGUGGGAAGAGGUGAGCGAUUCAGGACCAUCAUGGUCCUCUUGUUCAGUAAACACUAGUACGGAUAGGUUUAAACUUCAGGUUCCAUUUUCCUUUCAACAAUGUUAUACCCCUUAAUGGAUUUGGUGAUUUUUGGUUAAGUUUAUGUAUGCAAAGGUGUAUCACAGUAACCACUUGUGGGAAUGUAUAGAAACUUCACGCACUUGUUCAUUGUGAUGAAUUGAUCUGUUCCCAGCUGCUGCAGGUUUUACAAAGUUCUGCCUCUUCUCAGUUCAGCUGAGCUAUUGUAAUCACUCAAUGUCCAUCUGUUGUCUGUCCACACUUUCCUUCCAAUGAAAUCUCUGAAACAUUCUGGUUGAAGUUUAUUUAAUUGAGCCUGGAUGUUCCAGGAUGAUCUUCUACCAAAGUUAUUCAAGUUAUUGUGAUAUGGUAAAAAAAUGUGGCCACUGUAAGUCAUGAAAUCUGAUGUUGAAAAAAUAGCCUAAAAUAUAUGUGCAAUCAAUAUUGUGUGUUUUUGUGUCUGCAAGUUUCUACAUCAUAAAUUUCAAGGCCACUAAACCAAUUUUUAUUCAAUAGCUGAAAAUGCUUGUCAAGGAAACUUGAAAUCUAACAUAGAUCUAUUUUAGAGUAAAAAAGUCCAUUUCAAUCUUUAACUUUCUCUUGUUUGUAAAUUUCACCUUAGCCAGUUGCAGUUAAGUGGUCUGUUGGUCAAGAUUUAUCAACACUCGGACAUCAGACUUAAAAGAAUGAUAACCAGUAGUCAAGAGACAAAGUCUAUUGUUUCUGGUAUCUAAGAUGAAAGGUCAAGGUCACAGUUACUUUCAGACUGAAAACAGUUUUUGCUCAAUAACUAAAGAACACUUAAUCCCUUUAAUUUCGGGGUCAGUAGUUCAAAGUUCAAGGUCGCAUUGACUUUAAGACUAAUCACUGGUUCCACACAUUAAAGAACUUUAAGGCAUACAGUCGCAAAACUUCAUAGGAUGAUUGGCAGUGGUCUGUAGAUGACAACUACUGUUUGGAGGUCAGUAGAUCAAAGGUCAUGGUCACAGUGACAUUGAAAAUGGUUUCUGCUUAAGGUAGUUCUGCACAUUGAAUAAAAAAUUUUCUACACUGUAGAAUUUGUUUAAGCCUGACUAUUCAUAACUUCAUAUUAUACGUUGAAAAAAAUGGGAAAUAAAAAAGAUAGGGUCAAGUGUUUGAUUAUUCGCUAAACUAAUUUGAAAAAAUCGGACCUUUCUCAAGUUUUCAUAAUAGGGAAAAUUUUGAUAACAUACAGCUAAUAGAAAAUUCUCUGCAAUGUAGAUUUGAAUGAAAUUUCUUACAGUUGUAAAUAAACACAUGGUCAGUAAUAUGGUGAAAUAAAAUCUAUAGGUGUAUGUACUUAUCUUUAUGCUCCACAAAGGGGAAGCAUAGAAUCACCGCUUUGUCCGUCUGUCCAUCCCGCAAUUCUUGUCCGGUGUAUUUCUCUGUAACCACUGGUUUGAAUUUAGCAAAACUUGAUACGACGCUUCACUAUCAAGAGGAGAUGUGCAUAUUAUUGUCUUUUUGUUCCGGUUUGAUAAUUUUUCACAGAGUUGUUGCCCUUCGAUUAUUCAACAGAAGAUACUAUAGUACAAUUCUUCUCCGGAGUAUUUCUCAGCAACCACUAGUUAGAAUUUAGAGAAACUUAGUAGGAAGCUUCACUAUUAAAAGGAGAUGCCCAUGUUUUCUUCAUGUUCCUGUCUGUUUAUUUUUCACAGAGUUACUGCCCCUUUGAUUUUUGUCUGGAGUAUUUCGCAGCAAUCAUUGUUUUGAAUUUAGCGCAUCUUCAUAGGAAACUUCAUUAUCAAGAGGAGAUGCACAUAUUUUCUUCAUGUUCCGGUCGGAUGAUUUUUCACCGAGUUAUUGGCCUUUGAUUAUUCAGCAGUAGUGUUCUAUGGUACAAUUAUUGUCAGGAGUAUUUCUCAGCAACCACUGUCUGGAAUUCAGCAAUAAUUCAUAGGAUGCUUCACUCUCGAGAGGAUAUGUGCAUAUUUUCUUCAUUAUCUGUUGGAAUAGUUUUUCAAGGAGAUAUUGCCCUUUAAUUAUUCAACACUAGUAAACUGUAUAUACCCAGUCAGCAAAUUCCAUUUCGUUCUUUUAAUAUGCAAAUUUCGGAGAGCAUCUAUCAAUUUUAGUGAUAUUUUCUUGUUGAGAUAUUUUCCUGUGGUUAAAAAGAUUAGCAUGUUUCAAGCUGAUUUCAAAACAUUGAUUAGAAUUGUUUAACAUGUCAAACUUUUUAAUAUUAUAUUUUAUCUUUAGAAAGAUAGCAACAUUGCUGUUUAAUAAAUAUACUUACAGGUUGCUGUUAAUUCAUAUGACUUCUGUUUCCAUAUGCUGAAUUCAGGCUUUAUUCUACAGAUAUAUGACGUAAUGCCGUCACUUUUUGUUUAAAAUGUGCAGAACUACCUUAAUAAGUACAGAACGCUUAUGCAUUCAGUAGACAAACUGUGUAGAUGGUUGCCUGCGGACAACAGAUGGUUCCCUAUUGAUUUGAGGGUAGGUGCAUAAAAGGUCAAGGUCAAAGUGACCAUAAAAUGUAAAACGGUUGGCAAAUAAUACUGGAAAUACACUUGAGCAUAUUAUGUCUAGACUUCAUUGUUCAGUAGAUGACUAAAUUUAUUUUUAGGGUCAGUAUAUUGAAGGUCAAGGUCAAAAUGGCAUCAGGGCUGAAAACACUUAAAUUGCAUACCAAAUUUCCUCUGGGGCAAAUAGCUCUUCUUACUUUUUAGCUCACAUGUCACAAAGUGACAAUGUGAGCUUUUGUGAUCACGCAGCGUCCGUCGUCCGUCCGUGCGUCCAUGCGUGCGUAAACUUUUGCUUGUGACCACUCUAGAGGUCACAUUUUUCAUGGGAUCUUUAUGAAAGUUGGUCAGAAUGUUUAUCUUGAUGAUAUCUAGGUCAAGUUCGAAACUGGGUCACGUGCCUUCAAAAACUAGGUCAGUAGGUCAAAUAAUAAAAAAACCUUGUGACCUCUCUAGAGGCCAUAUUUUUCAUGGGAUCUGUAUGAAAGUUGGUCAGAAUGUUCAUCUUGAUGAUAUCUAGGUCAAGUUCGAAACUGGGUCAACUGCGGUCAAAAACUAGGUCAGUAGGUCAAAUAAUAAAAAAACCUUGUGACCUCUCUAGAGGCCAUAUUUUUAAUGGGAUCUGUAUGAAAGUUGGUCAGAAUGUUCAUCUUGAUGAUAUCUAGGUCAAGUUCGAAACUGGGUCAACUGCGGUGAAAAACUAGUUCAGUAGGUCUAAAAAUAGAAAAACCUUGUGACCUCUCUAGAGGCCAUACUUCUGAAUGGAUCUUCAUGAAAAUUGGUCCGUGCGUCCGUUCGUGCGUAAACUUUUGCUUGUGACCACUCUAGAGGUCACAUUUUUCAUGGGAUCUUUAUGAAAGUUGUGCAGAAUGUUUAUCUUGAUGAUAUCUAGGUCAAGUUCGAAACUGGGUCAACUGCGAUCAAAAACUAGGUCAGUAGGUCAAAUAAUAAAAAAACCUUGUGACCUCUCUAGAGGCCAUAUUUUUAAUGGGAUCUGUAUGAAAGUUGGUCAGAAUGUUCAUCUUGAUGAUAUCUAGGUCAAGUUCGAAACUGGGUCAACUGCGGUCAAAAAGUAGGUCAGUAGGUCAAAUAAUAAAAAAACCUUGUGACCUCUCUAGAGGCCAUAUUUUUCAUGGGAUCUUCAUGAAAGUUAUUCAGAAUGUUCAUCUUGAUGAUAUCUAGGUCAAGUUCGAAACUGGGUCACGUGCCUUCAAAAACUAGGUCAGUAGGUCAAAUAAUAAAAAAACCUUGUGACCUCUCUAGAGGCCAUAUUUUUCAUGGGAUCUGUAUGAAAGUUGGUCAGAAUGUUCAUCUUGAUGAUAUCUAGGUCAAGUUCGAAACUGUAUGAAAAUUGGUCAGAAUUUUUAUCUUGAUGAUAUCUAGGUCAAGUUCGAAACUUGUUCAACUGCGGUCAAAAACUAGGUCAGUAGGUCUAAAAAUAGAAAAACCUUGUGACCUCUCUAGAGGCCAUACUUUUCAAUGGAUCUUUAUGAAAAUAAGUCAGAAUGUUCACCUUGAUGAUAUCUAGGUCUUGUUCGAAACUUGGUCACGUGUUUUUAAUAACUAGGUCAGUAGGUCAAAUAACAAAAACGCCUUGUCACCUCUCUAGAGGCCAUAUUUUUCAUGGGAACUAUAUGAAAAUUGGUCUGAAUGUUCAUCUUGAUGAUAUCUAGGUCAGGUUUGAAACUGGGUCAACUGCAGUCAAAAACUAGGUCAGUAGGUCUAAAAAUAGAAAAACCUUGUGACCUCUCUAGAGGCCAUACUUUUGAAUGGAUCUUCAUGAAAAUUGGUCAGAAUGUUAACCUUGAUGAUAUCUAGGUCAGUUUCGAAACUGGGUCACGUGCCUUCAAUAACUAGGUCAGUAGGCCAAAUAAUAAAAAAUCUUGUGACCUCUCUAGAGGCCAUAUUUUUCAAUGGAUCUUCAUGAAAAUUGGUUAGAAUUUUUAUCUUGAUGAUAUCUAGAUCAGAUUCAACACUGGGUGACAUGAGCUCAAAAACUAGGUCACAAUGUCAAAUAAUAGAAAAAAAUGACAUCAUACUCGGUUUAAAACUGGGUCAUGUGGGGACAGGUGAGCGAUUCAGGACCAUCAUGGUCCUCUUGUUAUAAGUUUGUCCAUGUGCACACUCUAGUUACCUUGCUUCAUUAUAACAUGUUUAUUAAAGUCUCAAUGCUGUUGUCUAGAGGUAAUUUUUGAAAAUAGAUACUGAUUAUACUUAUACAGGUAAUAGUUAUGACAAAGAACUUUAUUGUUGAAAAGUUAUUUAUCCCAAUUUAUUUACUACUCUAAUAUUUACCUGGAUAUUUUUGUUGUUAGAAGCUGUGAGUUGUGAAGCAUUAUUUUUACAACAGUUACUGUCAGUUAACAAGUGUUGGUAUAUAUAGUUUAUUUAAUAUUCAUUGUUUAACUACUGAUAUGUUGUUGAUGUACAACUUUUUUUAUUUAUGUAGAUUUGUUCUUUGAUUAUAUUUCAGUCUAGUCACUAUUUGUUAUUUUGAAUCUUUGUUAGUUGGCUGUAUAUGUUAAUAUUGAAUGUUGUUUGGAAUGUUUAUAUUUACAUUGAAUUCUAUAUCUUUUUUAUUUGCUUGAGUUUGGGGUAAGCUAUUGCGAUCACUCACUGUAUUUCGACUAUCUGUUGCCUGUCCAUUUUUCCCCAUUUUUAGCUCUACUGUUCGGGGAAUAGGGGUGCUAUUCUCAGCGUCAGCUUUCUUGGUUAAAGUUUUUUGGCAACCUUUGUUUUUAGCUCACCUGUCACAUAGUGACAGGGUGAGCUUUUGUGAUCGCCCUUCGUCCAUCCGUCGUCCGUCCACAAUUUCUUGUGAACAAGAUAGAGACCACAUUUUGCAAGCAAUU